AGGAAAAUUGAAGUGGGAUUCAUGAUGGGCUCUAUUUUAGUUUAAGAAGAUAAAAAUCAAAAGCACAAAAAUAAGAUGUGAAAUUAUGUAGCACAGAAGCUUAUUAAACAACUGAUAGCUUAAUUGGUCAACUGUUUAUUCCCAACUGAUAAUGAAUUUGGUCACACGCGAUCAAAAUAAGAAAGAAAUGUCGGUUUUGCUGGGAAUCACCGACUAUGUAGUGAUUAGUCUGAUGCUGGCCACAUCUGCGUCCGUAGGAAUCUUCUUUCGUUUCACCGGUGGACGACAAAAGACUACUGCCGAAUUUCUGAUGGCGGGAAAAAACAUGUCUGUUUUACCUGUUGCAUUUAGUCUGAUGGCCACUUACUUGUCUGCCAUCGGUGUUUUAGGCGUACCAUCCGAAACAUAUUUAUACGGUACGCAACUAUCAAUGUGGAUGGUUGGUGUCGUCAUUGGCGGAAUUAUUGCUUGCUACGGAUUUUUACCAGUAUUCUAUAAUAUGGAUGUCACUACGGCAUAUGAGUAUUUAGAAAAGAGGUUUGGUAAAACUACAAGGACCGUCACUUCUUUUUUGUUCACACUUCAGAUGAUAUUGUACAUGGCUGUUGUUUUAUAUGCCCCAUCUUUAGCGUUAAAUGCCGUUACUGGCAUUUCAACUUGGACAUCCGUGGUAUCUCUAGCUGUAGUUUGCACAUUCUAUUGCUCUUUAGGUGGUUUGAAGGCUGUUUUAUGGACAGAUGUCUUCCAGGCAUUUCUUAUGUUUUUUUCAGUUAUUGCUGUGGUUGUGAAGGGAGUUAUAGACUCUGGUGGUAUUAGUGAAGCAUAUAAUAUUGCAGAAGAAGGUGGACGGAUUAUUUUCUUUGACACAACUAUUGACCUAACGGCAAGAUAUACCCUAUGGAAUUCUAUUAUGAGUGGGGUAUUUUUCAGUUUAAAUACUUUUGGAACUAAUCAAGCACAGAUACAAAGAAUGCUCAGUGUUGGGGAUUUGAAAAAAGCAAAGAAAGCCUUACUCUACAGUUUGCCUCUUAUAGUAAUUUUUAAUGUGUUUUCAUUUUUGGAUGGAGUUGUUAUCUAUUCCAAUUAUCACGAUUGUGAUCCAAUGCUAGAUGAGAAUACGAAGUUGAAAUCCCCAGAUCAGCUGAUGCCAUAUGCAAUAAUCAAAAUGUUCUCACACAUUCCUGGCCUGUCCGGGCUCUGCAUUGCUGGAAUAUUCAGUGCUGCUCUCAGUACAGUUUCAUCAGCAGUAAACUCUUUGACGGCUGUGACAAUGGAAGAUUUCAUUCGACCUUAUUGCUUCUGCAAGCAGUUGACUGAGAAUUGGGCUACAUUAUUAGCAAAAAUUAUUGCUGUAUGUUUCGGUGGAUUGUGCCUGUUAUUGACUUUCAUUGUCGCUAAUUUCCGUGGAGUGUUAGAGGCUUGCAAUAUUGUUUUUGGAAUGGUUGGAGGACCUGUUCUCGGAAUUUACUUGUUAGGCAUGUUCAGCAAACGAGCCAACGAAAAGGGAACAUUGAUUGGAUUACUUGUAGGGUUUACAGUGAAUGCAUGGCUUGGAUUUGGUUCUUACGCAAUUAAAGCAAAAGUACCAAGAUUAAGUCAAAGCGUAACUGGGUGUCCUGUACUGAAUAUAAGUAUUACCGAAACAGUACUAAAUAGUACGAAAAAUUUGAUUGCCGGUGAGGUGAUUUCCACAACAGUCAGCACUGGCAUUGCAUAUUCAAGUUCAUUGGACGAAGAAAGGUAUAUAUUUCCUGUGUAUAAGAUCUCCUAUUUGUGGUUUCCUCUGAUUGGCACUCUAUCAGUUUUUAUAGUUGGCUACAUUGCAAGUUUUGUUACAUGUCUUCUUGAUGAGUCUAAAGAUAUUAAACCUGAAUAUUUUAGUCCUUUUAUUCGAAAGCUAUAUUUUAACAGUUCAAAAAAAUCAACGAAAAUAACAAAAGGAAGUAAAGGCGCAGAUGUAGAAAUGAAAGAAAUGAAUUCAAAAUAAUUGUUUCAUGUUUUGUGAUAUGCAAGAAGUCCAAUAUCCGUGUUCAAGUUCCAGAUCCACCUUAUGUGUUCACAAUUUUUCGUAUUCCCCUUUGUUAUUGUUUGUUUUAACAUAUAAAAUUAAAAUUAGAAAAUAAUUUAAAUAUAUA